UAUUUCAAAAGUAUUUCUCUCCUCGGCCGUAAAUCUUCCACCAAGUACUGAUGAAAGGAGACAAAAAAUGAAUGAAGAGGAUAGAAAAGAAUCUCGAAAGAUAUUAUUAAAAUAUUUAGACUCUUGUCAAGGAAAUUAUAAGAUGGAAUGUUGGGACACUAUAUGUGUUAGAAUUAAUGAUUUUAUGAAUGCAAGAAAAGAAUGGGGAAAAGAGGAAAAUAAAGACCUUUUAAUUAGAAAAGAAUUAAAGGAUAUAAAAGGUCAUGUUACUGAAGAAGUAAAAGUACAAUUAGAAAGACAUCUUACAGGCGAGGUAGAAGGAAGACAACCAGUAGAAGAAACAAAACGACUAUUUGAGAUAUUAGCAGAAAUGGAUUGGGGUACUAAAAAAUACAGCACAGCCUUAGAUUUCUAUAAGCAAGUUAGCAAUAGUGAGUCAACAUUCAAAUAUGAUGCUAAAUAUUUGUUAGCAUUGCAUUAUGAUAGAAAUAAUUAUCACCAAAAAGUUUUUGAGCUUUAUUUAAACAUUUACAUUGGAAAACAUAAG